UUCAUCCUAUUCUUCUGUUCACUUAUUUCACUCUGAGACUAGGGAAAAACUUUCGAGUAAUAGAUACUAGUGAUAAAAAGUUUAUCUGAGAAAAAACACCAGAUAUAUUAAUAGUACUAUCGACCUUCUCUUUUCCUCAGACAAAACAUCUUCAUUUUCUUCGUCCUCCAUCCCCUUCACCUCCCACUCCUCCUAGUAUUCUUACUCCUCGUCAAACCCACAAAAUAAGUACUAGCUAUCUAGUAUAUAAUUAAGCAAUACAACAAAAAUGAGCCAGUGUGUUCCCAGUUGGGAUCUCGACGACAGUACUAGUGCCCCUGCCAGACUGCCCCUUCGCUCCCGCUCCAAUUCCACCGCUACUGAUGUCCCCUUGUUAGACUAUGAGGUGGCCGAGCUGACAUGGGAAAACGGCCAAAUAGCCAUGCACGGUUUGGGGCCACCGCGAGUGCCGAACAAGAACAUAAGUAGCAGUUGGCCUGAGAAGCCACGCGUCGGUGGCACCCUCGAGUCCAUAGUCAAUCAAGCCACCCGACCCUCAACGCUAUCACUACCUCGCAAGCACCCUGCAGUUCUCGCCACUGCUUCUGCCGCCGGAGACGAGUUGGUCCCCUGGAUCAAGGGCCACCACGUCUUGCCAGCUGCAGCCCUGUGCAAUACCAUGACCAUGGACGCUCAAGUCCCUUGCUCUAACCGGGCUAAAUCUCACGAUAAUAAUGAUCGGGCUAGCGAACGUGCGUCGGCUCGAGAUAGCGUGAUGGUGCCAGGAAUCGGAGCUUGCCGUGGCCGGGUUAUUGGAUCGUACACGCAGGUAGCAUCGUGCAGUGGCGCCGUUACACAAGAGGAGAAUAAUAAUAAUAAUAAUAAUAACAACAAUAAUAAUAUCGCCGGAGGCUUUGUAGUUCCUGAGAAACGAGGGAGCAGGACAGUGGUGGAGGCGGCGGCGCGUGAGUGGAGCAGCCCAGCCGACCCAAGUAUGAGUGGAACCAGCGCCACGUUUGGGACUGGGAGCCAGCCAGUUAGAUUACACUCGUGUGAUAGAGAGACGGCUUUGGGUUACGGUUCUACUUCGAUGGGGUCGCCGGAGCAUGCCAGCCCCGACAAGCGUUCUAAAAAGAGAACCGCCACUGAUGAUCACAACUCCUUUUGUCACAGUAGAUCACAGAGGGAGUCAGGUGAUGAAGAGGACAAAAGGAAGGUAACCGGAAAAUCAUCUGUUUCAACUAAAAGGAGUAGAGCUGCUGCUAUUCAUAAUCAAUCUGAACGAAAAAGGAGAGAUAAGAUCAACCAAAGGAUGAAGACACUGCAGAAACUGGUCCCAAAUUCCAGCAAGACUGAUAAAGCUUCAAUGCUGGACGAAGUGAUCGAUUAUCUGAAACAAUUGCAAGCACAAGUUCAAAUGAUGAACAGAAUGAACAUGCCAGCUAUGAUGUUGCCAAUGGCUGCUAUGCAACAACAACUUCAAAUGUCCAUGAUGAAUAGCAUGGGGAUGGGAAUGGGCAUGGCCAUGGAGACAAUGGGCCGCCCCAACCUUGCUGGAAUCUCUCCAGCACUUCAUGCAAAUCCAUUCAUGCCAAUGACCUCCUGGGAUGGCUCUGCCGCUACUGCCACUGAAGGCCGAUUACAACCUCAAUUGCCAACAGUUAUUCCCGAUCCCUUAGCCUCAUUCUUUGCAUGUCAAUCCCAGCCUAUGGCACCAGAGGCUUAUAGUAGGAUGGCUGCAAUGUACCAACAGCUUCAUCAACCUCCGACUUCAAGUUCUAAGAACUAAUAUAAUCAUAUGAUGAGAAUAUCGUUAACAUCUAUAUAAGAGGGCCAAAGGCCAAAAUCAAUCAAAUACCUAUUCAUGUGUAUUAUAUUUGGACAAUUAAAGAUUUGGUGAAAACCAUACUAUUUUAUGUUUAGGUUCUGGGUUAAUUAUGAAUAUGUAUUGUAAUUGAAAUUAAUUUAUUAGAUUUGGUGAAAAUUAUAUAUUUUACAUGUGUAGUUUUGGUCGAAAAACAAAAUAUUAGGAGAUCAAGAGUUCACGAUGGAUUUGGAUGUGAUGGUCCAUAAAAUAAUUCUUGUACAAUUUAAAUUUGCACGUACUUCAAGUUAUGAUUCAGUUGUAAUUUUUAAUAUUUUUUCAAUCUUACCAAUUUGUUAUAGCA